AUGGAAAUUGCUGACUCAUGUUUGAUGACACAGAGGUUGCCCAGAAGCCCCCGGGUCUGGGAUGAAACAGACUGCAAAAAAAUUCGUCUGGAGCUCCAGAGGCUGGGAAGCGCCAAUCAGGAAUUGUCGAUCUUUUCCCACCUUGCAAAUGAACUAAUCUUCUCACCUAAUAUUAGCAAGCCCCACCUGGCACAUCAGCCUGUGCCUGGGGCUGGUUCCCAAGGAGAUGAGCAGUGGGCUGCAGGGUGGCAGGAGCAGUGCUGGACAUCAGCUCCUUCAGCACCUCCUAGUGAUCCAUUGCUGUUCGGGCACAUUUCCAGCCGGCGGAGCCCGGAGCUCCCGCUGCGCUCAGAGCCCCCACAGCAAGCGCUGCACGGACGGCACCCACCGCGGGAGAACCGCGGAGGGGAGCGGGGAAGCAGCGGGAGAGGCGGCUCCUUGUGUGUGUGUGAGAGAGUGUGUGUGCGUGCCCACCCCGCUCUCCCGCCGCCCCGAACAGCCCCUCCGGCCCCCCUGCCGGCCGGCGGCGGCAACGCCUCGCUGGAGCUCUCGUCGCGGCCCCCCGCGCCCGCCGCCCUCAACCCCUGGGAUGUGAUGCUCUGCGUGUCCGGCACCGCCAUCGCCUGCGAGAACGCCCUGGUGGUUGCCAUCAUCUGCUACUCGCCCGCCCUGCGCACCCCCAUGUUCGUGCUGGUGGGCAGCCUGGCCACGGCUGACCUCCUGGCCGGCCUCGGCCUCAUCCUCAACUUCGUGUUCCAGUACGUGAUCCGCUCCGAGACGGUCAGCCUGCUGACGGUGGGCUUCCUCGUCGCCUCCUUCGCCGCCUCCGUGAGUAGCUUGCUGGCCAUCACGGUCGAUCGCUACCUCUCUCUCUACAAUGCCCUCACGUACUACUCGGAGAGGACGGUGCUCUGCAUCCACACCAUGCUGGCGGGUGCCUGGGGGGUCUCCCUGUGCCUGGGGCUGCUGCCCGUCCUGGGCUGGAACUGCCUCCACGACCGCACCUCCUGCAGCGUCGUCAGACCCUUGACCAAGAGUAACGUGACGCUGCUGUCUGCCUCUUUCUUUCUCAUUUUCCUCAUCAUGCUCCAUCUCUACAUCGAGAUCUGCAAGAUCGUCUGCAGGCAUGCCCACCAGAUAGCUCUCCAGCAGCACUUUCUGACUGCUUCGCACUAUGUCACCACCAAAAAGGGAGUCUCUACCCUGGCUAUCAUCCUCGGGACUUUCGGAGCCAGCUGGCUGCCUUUUGCCAUCUACUGUGUGGUGGGGGAUCCCGACUACCCUUCUGUGUACACCUAUGCCACGCUCCUACCCGCUACCUACAACUCCAUGAUCAACCCCAUCAUUUAUGCCUACAGAAACCAGGAAAUCCAGAGGUCCAUGUGGGUGCUCUUCUGUGGCUGCUUUCAGGCUAAAGUGUCCUUUCGCUCCCGGUCCCCCAGCGAUGUCUGAGUGACUUUGUCAAACUGCACCCAGUGACAAUCCACCCAGUGAACUAUUACAGUGCCUGUUCUUAACUUCAAACUACGUCGUGAAGUCAUUGGAA